UGGAUCAAGGUGUGUGUAUGUGUGUGGUGCUCUCAGCUCACUAAAUGAAUGGAUCCUGCUCGCGAAUGGGCGAUUUUUCAAGAAUCAUCUAAUUCUGGAUUCAAUGCAUUUAUCACUCGGGAUCAGUGAUGACUUGGCUUCUGAUGUGGGUUCUACUAUUUGCUUGUGUACCACAGAUUCACAGAGCAUUUGCCCAGGAUUCCUCUAAGAUGCUGUCCACACCAGACCCCGUCACCCCGGAGCCCUAUAACCACACUCAGUACUGCCAAUGGCCCUGCAAAUGUCCUAAAACUCCCCCCACCUGUCCGCCAGGUGUGAGCUUGAUCAUGGAUGGCUGCGAUUGCUGCAGAGCAUGUGCCAAACAGGUAGGGGAGGUUUGCAACGAGAAAGAAAACUGUGACCAUCAUCGUGGCCUUUACUGUGAUUACAGCGCAGACAAGCCUAGGUACGAAAAAGGAGUAUGUGCCUAUCUGCCAGGCACUGGCUGUGAGCACAAAGGUGUGAUCUUUCGCAACGGCCAGAGCUUCCAGCCCAAUUGCAAAUACCAGUGUGUGUGUGUGAAUGGGGCGAUCGGAUGUGUGUCGCUGUGUAAUGAGUCUCAGCCUCCCAGGGUUUGGUGCCAGAACCCCCGGCGAGUUAAAAUCCCCGGCCGCUGCUGUGAGCAGUGGAUCUGUGAUGAGUCCAGGAGGGGGCGCAAGACAGCACCAAGACACACAAUGGCUGCCCUGUCUAGUGUAAAGGACGACUGGCACAAGAACUGUGUGACCCAGACAACCUCCUGGAGUCCCUGCUCAAAGACCUGCGGCCGUGGUGUAUCUUUACGCAUUACUAACAGCAACAAGCAGUGUAAGAUGGUCAAAGAGAGCAGACUCUGCAACAUCCGGCCUUGCAAAGUGGACAUCACAAAACACAUCAAGCCUGGAAAGAAGUGCUUGAACGUCUACAGGGAGGAAAAGCCACACAACUUCACUAUCUCAGGCUGCACCAGUACAAACACUUACUGGCCCAAGUACUGUGGAGUGUGUAUAGAUGAGCGCUGCUGCAUCCCUUACAAAUCUAAGACUGUUGAGGUCGACUUUCAGUGCCCGAACGGAUCUGGCUUCAGCUGGCAGGUCAUGUGGAUUAACGCCUGCUUCUGCAACCUGAGCUGUAAAAACCCCAAUGACAUAUUUACAGAUCUAGAACAGUACCAUGACAAAGGUGAGGUUGGAAACUGAAUGUAUGAGACCUUGCAGAAAAAAACAAUAGAAAAAUUAUUAGGGUGAAAAGCCAUAGAUUUUUUUUUAAUCAUAUUUAAUAUGAGACUUUUUCCUAUCGGAAAAACUUAAAUAUAUCCUAAUAUAUUCUAUUUUAAGACUGUGGCCUAUUGCAACCAAAUUGAUCAUAUAAGCUAGUCAUUUCAACCAAGAUUAUGCCGUUUUUGGUGACAAAAAAAACUUUUGUACAAAUGAUAUGUAAAAAAAUAUGUAGUUAAAAUCUUUAAUUUAUACAGAUUCUAUUAAAAAAAGAAAUGAUUAUUGCUUUUAUAUAUUGAUAAUGUAGUUUUUGUAAUGUCAUGCGCUUUUCCACAUUUAUUCUCUUGAAUGACACUUGUAGUCCUUGGCAUGAGUUUUGCCUUAUAACAUUUGUAUAGACGCAGUUUUCAUUUAAUUAUCGAAUAAAGAGACAAAAAAGGUUAAGUAACAAGCUUUUUAUUUUCCUUUUUUUUUUUUAAAUAAAUACAGACUGUUAUUCCAUUAAAAAUGCAGUGCAUCAGAUUGUUUUACAUGUUUAUAAAGCAGAGUGUUUACCAAGCUGCAAUCAUUUGUUUUAGUGUGUGUGAAAGAGCAGGUCAGUCGCUUAUAUUUUUCUGAGCAAUCCUUUAUGUUACUCUUUCAAAGCCUUGAGGGAAAAAAAAAAGCAUCCAGUCCAAGAAGAGGAUUCCAUGGCACGAUUUGUUCUGUUGUGCUUGAUUGCAUAGAAA